AUGUUUAUCAGAGGCGAUGUUCCCGCUGGGGAGAAUGUUUCACACCAAGGGCAAGGUGUCUGGGGUGCAUCGCAAACUCCAGCCUUUGCGUUUGACCUCGCAAACCCGAACCUGCUUCUAAAGCAGAAUCUGCACAACCUCUACCUCGCAUCGGGAAAACAAGCUGCGUUUCGUAGCGGACCACAGAACAUGGCCACCAGCGGCGGCGGCAACAACAACCAGGCCCAUGGUAAUUUGAACAUGAAGGAAAAGAGAACCGAGUCUCAGAAGUACCAUCUUCAAGCCAACGACUUUGACCAGUCCAUGGUGUGGUCUCAGAACAUGGAAGACCCCAACGAUGCCUUUCGCGGGCCCACUGGCAGUGCCCAUGGCCAACCUGCUCCUGGCAACGGCUUCAGCCUGGGCCUGGCAGGUCAGAACUCAAACAAUGUCUCGCCUUCGUCAUCGGGUAACAACAACCAUCGCCAUAUCCGUGGCAAUGCCCGUGCCCGCCGCCCUAAUAAUGUGAGCCCCAGCACUGGCGGUUUGAAGACAGAGCCCAACACCGCCAACAUCACCAACACCAAAGACAUCGCAUGGAAUGUGCCCUCAAGCGCAAUCAAUCCAAAUGUCAACGUCAACGCCCUCAAUCAGACGUUUGCCCCGCCACCCAUCACCGUCCGAGCCUUACAGCAAUGGCCUGGGCAUGCACCAGUCCCAAACAAUGAGUACAUGCAGCACGGGUAUAGCCUCCAUGAUGGCCUGCCUGUCUUCCAAAACAACCAAGGCUUCCCCCAGUCCUUCGAUCUUGGCCCUGCCAUCGGCGGCGUGCCCAACCUCGACAGCUCCUCGUCGUCCAGCUGUCGCGUCAACGGCAGCUCGCCCAACACCGUGUUUGGCAGCUUCUCGUCCUCAAUCGGCCCUGCCGACAUGGACAUGGACAUGGACAUGAGAGAGGAGUACUUCCACAGCCCCUCCGUCUUCCCGUCUGAGGUGCCGCUGUGCCACAGCACGGGGUCCAUACCACAGGCAUACCUCUCCGGCUCGCCCGCGCACGACUUCCCCGCCAAUACACGUGGUGUCUUCCCUGAGGCCGAGACAGUCUCGCCCGACAUGCUGCACUUCAACCCGUCGGCGCCCGUCUUCCCUAGCUCUUCCUCGUCCGAGUCACUGUCCCACCCCUUCCGCAUUGACAGCGACUCUGAGGUCCCGUCGUCUGUUGGCACCGUGCCUCAAAAGGACAUCUUGCCGUCUUCUGUGUGGCAGGCAAGGCGUGAGGCAAACAACAAGGUGAACACAGCCGACCGCAAGCAACUGCCUGACAAGGCGCCCCGCCCGAAGCACGGUGCUUCUUCUACGGGCAACAGCAGCGGAUCCAAGCGUCGACAUGGAGGCGACGCCACUGGUGACAAGUCAUCGGCGCCCAGCUCCAAGAAGACGAAGUCAAAGGCCAAAGCAACGUCGCAGUCCUCACACUCGUCUCAUCACUCCGACCGCACGCAGCAGGUAGGUGGAUGCGAUGACAGCGGUAGCGGCAGUAGCAACAGCAGCAGCAGCGGAGCCGGCCACAAGACGCUGUCGUCUUCUUCUUCCAAGGCCAUCGCCAGUACGACUGGUGCUAGCCCCAGCGCUGCCGCCAUGGUGUCGUCUGCCACCAUGAACCCCCGAUCCGAGAAGGAUGAGUACCUGGUGCGAUCCAAGCGGGCCGGCAUGACAUACAAGGAGAUCCGCAAGCAGGGCGGCUUCACCGAGGCAGAGUCCACGCUGCGGGGACGCUUCCGCACCCUGACCAAGCCCAAGGAGGCGAGGGUCCGCAAGCCUGAGUUCCAGGAGAUCGAUGAUAAGCUCCUGAAGCGCGCCGUGAUCAAGCUCACCAAGGACGUCGACGAGAUCACCCGCGAUAACGUGCCGUGGAAGCUCGUGUCCGAGUACAUGGCCAGCCACGGCGGCUCGUACCACUUUGGCUACACCACCGUGCGCAAGAGGUGGGAGUACCUGAUGGCCACCAGCGAGGAGGAGGUCAAGCAGGACAGGCUGGCUCACAAGUUCCAGCAGUAG